AUGUUUCCAUUGGCGCUGCUACCAUUGGCAUUGGCUCUUUCGGCAACCGCAAGGGCGGCAAACGCAACAUACGAGUACAUAGUCGUGGGGUCAGGACCCGGUGGAGGUCCAUUGGCAGCCAAACUUGCACGAGCGGGCCACUCCGUACUGCUCCUCGAAGCCGGCGACGACCAGGGCGACAAUCCCAACAUCACCCAGAUUCUAAACUUCAACAAGGCGGGCAACGACCCCAAGACGAGAUGGGACUUCUUCGUAAAGCAUUCGGAUGACCUGGAACGCGAGCGCAAAUUCGAGCACUAUGUGUGGCGGCAACCCGACGGAUCGUUUUACGUCGGCAGGAGUCCCCCUUCGAACGCGACAGAGCUGGGCAUCUACUAUCCGCGCGCAGGAACGCUGGGCGGAUGCGCGAUGCACAACGCCGGCGUGUCAGCGAAUCCGCCGGAUGCGGAUUGGGACCACAUCGCGGAGAUAACGGGUGACGAUUCGUGGCGGGCGGAGAAGAUGCGCGAACACCUCGUGAGUCUGGAGAAUGCCGCAUACGCCCCGAAUGACACGACCCAUGGGCACAGCGGCUAUCUUACCCUUACCCAGGCGAAGGUGAACAUGGGCAACGGAUCGGAUGGCGGGACUAUGGUGCAGGUCAUGGCCGACGCGAUGGGCCUUGGUGGUGUUUCGCCGCAGCAGCUCGUGACUCGGGACAUGAAUGCGAAGGAUCCGAAUCGGGAUAUGAAAACCGGAAUCUUUGGCCAGCUUCGCCAUGCAGAUGCACAGGGCCGCCGUGUUGGUACAAAUACGUAUAUUCGGGCGACGCUUCAGGAUCCGGCGCAGUACCCAUUGACGGUUUCACUCAACUCGCUGGUUACCAAGGUCCUCUUUUCGAAUUCGACCACCGGUCCUACUGCGGUGGGAGUAGAGUAUCUGGAGGGCGCGAGCUUGUACAGUGCUGAUCCCAGAUUCGCCAAGAAUGCCACAAGGCAGGUCAAGCAGGUGACGGCAUCCCGCGAGAUCAUUAUCGCAGGCGGUGUAUUCAACAGCCCGCAGAUCCUGAAGCUGAGUGGCAUUGGGCCUGCGGAGGAGUUGAAGAAAUUUGACAUCCCAGUCGUCGUGGAUUCGCCAGGAGUAGGAGCCCGCAUGGCCGACAAUUACGAAACAAGCAUCAUAGGGCUGGCCUCAAGGGAUCUCAACAACGUCGGCGGCACCUACGCGGUGAUGCUGAAGUCGACCACAGCGACAACAACAAACAGUACCCGCGACCUCUACCUCUUUUGCGGCGCCUUCUCUUUCGAAGGGUACUGGCCCGGCUUUCCCACGGAGUACGGCAAGUCCGAGUACGAAUGCGCAGUGGUCCAUAUGGGCCCGCAUAGCCAAGCGGGAACCGUGACACUGCGGUCGUCUGAUCCUCGCGACAUGCCAGAGAUCAACUUCCGCUUCUACAACCAGACCGAGGAGGCGGAUCUCACAGCCAUUCUCGAUGGCAUUAAGCAUGCUCGCUCGGCUUUUGCAACGGCGCCAGACGGAAUCGCUCCGUUCAAGGAACUGCAUCCGUGCAAGUCUCCGAAAACAAACUGCACCGAGGCCGAGCAGAAGGAGUGGAUCAAGCUGAACACGUACUCGCACCAUGCGACUUCAUCAUGUCAAAUUGGCGGCGACGCGGACAAGAUGGCCGUACUGGAUAGCAAGUUCCGCGUCAGAGGGGUCAAGAAUUUGAGGGUGGUGGAUGCGAGUGCGUUUCCUAGAGUGCCCGGCGCGUUCCCCGUACUUCCGACGUUCAUGUUGAGCGAGAAGGCGUUCAGAGACAUCUUGGCUGAUCUCUAG